CGCCGGGGGCGCGGGGCCGGCACCAUGAGCGGCCGCGUCGGGGAUCUGAGCCCGCGGCAGGCGGAGGCGCUGGCACAGUUCCGAGAGAACAUCAAGGACGUGCUCCCUUCGCUGCCCUCCCAGGACGACUAUUUCCUCUUGAAAUGGCUCCGAGCACGCUGCUUCGACCUGCCCAAGUCAGAGGCCAUGCUCCGCAAGCACUUGGAGGUCCGCAAACGCAUGGAUGCCGACAACAUCAUCUCGUGGGAGGCACCUGAGGUGAUCAGGAAGUACAUGUCUGGAGGCAUGUGUGGCUACGACCGGGAGGGCAGCCCCAUCUGGUACGAUAUCAUCGGGCCGCUGGACGCCAAGGGGCUGCUCUUCUCCGCCUCCAAGCAGGACCUGCUCAAGAACAAGUUCCGCGACUGCGAGCUGCUGCGGCAGGAGUGCGAGAAGCAGAGCCAGAAGCUGGGCAAGAAGAUCGAGAUGGUGCUGAUGGUCUAUGACUGUGAGGGCCUGGGCUUGAAGCACCUCUGGAAGCCAGCAGUGGAAGCGUACAGUGAGCUCCUGGCAAUGUUUGAGGAGAAUUACCCCGAGUCCCUGAAGCGCCUGUUGAUCGUGAAGGCUCCCAAGAUCUUCCCGGUGGCCUACAACCUGGUCAAGCACUUCCUGAGCGAGGACACUCGCAAGAAGGUCACGGUGCUGGGAUCCAACUGGAAGGAGGUCCUGCAGAAGUACAUUGACCCCUCGCAGAUCCCAGUGGAGUACGGGGGCACCCUGACGGACCCUGAUGGGAACCCCAAGUGCCCCAGCAAGAUCAACUACGGAGGGGACGUGCCGCAGCACUACUACGUGCGGGACCAGCUGGCGCAGCCCUACGAGCACACGGUGGUGGUCAACCGGGGCUCGUCCCACCAGGUGGAGUACGAGAUCCUCGCCCCUGGCUGCGUGCUCAGGUGGCAGUUCAAGUCGGAGGGGGCCGACGUGGGCUUCGGGGUGUACCUGAAGACGAAGGUCGGGGAGCGGCAGCGGGCAGGCGACAUGACCGAGGUGUUCCCCACCCAGCGCUACAACGCACACAUGGUGCCCGAGGACGGCUCCCUCACCUGCUCCACGCCCGGCAUCUACGUCCUGCGCUUUGACAACACCUACAGCUACAUCCACGCCAAGAAGGUGAGCUACAGCGUGGAGGUGCUGCUGCCCGACGCCGCCUCGGCCCAGCAGAUCCAGCAGCUCGGGGACAAGCUGGGAGAGGUGGCCCUGGACCACAGCCCGUGAUGGCAGCACGGCAGCACAGAGGAUGGAAGAAGGGGGCCGGUGCCCCGUGGCUCAGGGACCCGGGGGGCUGUGCCUGGGGCUGUUGGCCCCUCUGUGCCUUACGUGGCCCCCACGGGUGGGGCUGGGUGCGGUGGGGGCAGUAAAGGGAUGGACAGUGA